UGGAUAAGAGAUUGGAUCACCAUCACCAUGACCAUGGGCAAGAUCAUCUUCUACGAGGACAAGAACUUCCAGGGUCGUUCCUAUGAGACCAGCAACGACUGUGCAGAGGUCACCUCCUACCUGAGCAGGUGCAACUCCUGCAGGGUGGAGAGCGGCUGCUUCAUGGUCUAUGAACGCCCCAACUUCAUGGGUCACCAGAUGAUGGUUAGGAGAGGAGAGUACCCCGACAACCAGCGCCUGAUGGGCAUGGCCAUGAGCGACUGCAUCAGGUCCUGCCGUAACAUCCCCAGUUAUAGGGGACAGUUCAGAAUGAGACUGUACGAGAGGGAGAACUUCGGAGGCCAGAUGCACGAGCUGAUGGAUGACUGUGACUCCAUCCAGGAGCGUUACCGCAUGUCCGACUGCCAGUCCUGCAACGUGAUGGAGGGCCACUGGCUCAUGUACGAGCAGCCCCACUUCAGAGGCAGGCAGAUGUAUGUGAGGCCUGGAGAGUACAGGAACCUCAGAGAGAUGGGAAACAACUCCAUGAAUAGAUUCAUGUCGAUUAGACGUAUCACUGAUUCCUGUUAA